CCAUCCACAAAAUCCUUUGCUCCGUCGCUGGCCAUGCAUUCCGCCGCCCUGCCCUCUUCUUCUUCUUCUUCUUCUGCUUUCCCCCGUCACUUAUUCAUUCACUCACUCACCCUCUUGGCAAUCAAACCUGCAAAUCUACCUGUCUGUUCAAUCGUAGCUCACCAGCUUUCUUCUCCCAACUCCUACGCAAAGUAUUUCUGUCUCUUCUUUUGCAUUUUUUAUUUUUUAUUUUUUUUGUGACAAUCAGGUAUUGCACACAUCCCGGCGUGCUGUGGUGAUAGUGCUUUCUGGGGGUUGCUGCUGAUUUAUACUAGAAUGAGUCACGUGGUGAUGGUAGGUUCGAAGCUUAGAUAGCGUGCAGAAGCUGGCUUAUUCCGUGGCCUUGAACUGUCGGUGGUUUGUUUAUUUUAUUUUAUUUUAUUUUGUUUUCUGAGCGACGAUUCCUUGCCUUCUGCUGCGUGUGUAGUUUUAGUUUUGUUGUGCUAGGUGGGAGUGACUGGUGGGUACUGGUUUAUUAGUGGGUGAGUGCGUGUGCGAGGAAGGGUUAGGUUACUGCCGCUGGAUUGCACCCAGUCCCUAUCGAAGCUUAGGAAUCAGCUUGGAUCGGUUUGCAGGCAUGAUUUCUAGCCAUGUGUGGACGUGUGGAGGGUUUGGAAUAGUGCACGUUGAACAGCGGAAGCAGCUCGAAGGCUUGUCAAACGGAUCAUCGCAUUGUGAGCGUCAGGAUUUUGUGCCUUCAAUCCGAAGCUUUUCGACCUCCUAUGUCAAGGAGACAGUGCUUCUGAAAAAUUCUAGAAUAUCGAUUAUGGCUGCUGGGGGUGUGGUAUUCAUUGCUUGCUGCGAACCUCACAGGCUUAGGUCUCGGAAGGUCUAGAAAUCCCUGGUCAUAGAAUUCUCACUCAUACACGUGGGUGGAGUCGCCCGCAGCUCAGAGGUUUGUAGCGAGAUGGCGUAGCGAGGAAUGAGACCUGCGAAGGGAUUAGGAGCCCCCCGGAAGUAUGGUCUCAUGGUCCUCAAUAUGCUCCACUAGUCAGUAGCAGGGAACCUAGUCAUUGUCCAGAAGCUGCAGGUGUUGGGAAAAAUCUAUGAAACAAAUCAGAUAAUGGGGAAGGAAACACCACUGUCUCCAGCGCUAGGUGGUGGUGGUGGUGGUGACCGGCGAGACGACACAGGAGGGCAACUGCUGAGGGAACUGGAAGCCUUGAACCAAGUGCUCCACAAUGCAGGACAACCGAAUGGCCGGCCAUUACGAAAGGAGACUCCUUCAUCUCCUUUCCUUGGCAGUGUGCCUGCACCUCGCAGAUCACAGGAAACCCACUCUCCUCUCCUCAGGGCGAGAAGUGAGACCCAGCCAGAGGCGUUGCCGUCAUCACUCAUGACUUCUUACGCCAGUCUCAGAACGAGAGACAGCCGUUCUGGAGAACAGUUACCAUCGCCAUACCUGGGCGGUAGAAUGAGUGGCGCUCAUGCUCCUCCGCUUUCUCUCUCUGGAGGUCUGGAUAAGCCACAAAUCGAACCCAGGAGUCCGGUGACUGUAAGUCUGAACGGCGGCAACGCUCCUUCGUUUGGAAGAUCGGGCAGCAGGAGAGAGGGAGGAAGUAGACCUCCUCUGGGUGACCCCAUGUCGCCAUUCAUGGUUGCGCGCAGAAGCGUGGACAGUGCUCCAAGUGCAAGGUCACAGCUUCUGAGAUUGUCUGACGAUAAUACCCCCAGGUCUCCUUUAAGUAUCGGUGGCCAGUUCUCCAACGGCUUAUCGUCGCCAAGUUUGCGGGCACGACGAAGCGAAGGUGUUCCUUCGCGCACGGGUGGCGUGGCUGUAGAGCCGCAGUCGAGUUUGGGACGGAUUGAAGAAACAAAAGGGUCAUCUUACGAGAAGGAUCAAGGAGGGGUGGUGCACUUGUCUCGCGGAAUCGUGCCGCAGUCGCCGCGUUUUGGAUCAGCCCGCGCGGUGAGCGAGUCGCAGACGACUGCGAGGUCGUUAGGAAGCCUUAACAUCACUGAGCUUACACUGGCCACAGCUGCGGCUGCGAUGAAAUCUCCUCUUCAAGGAGCUCCGCCUAACUCUCGACUUUCUCCUCUCUCACAAUCCGAGGACCCUGGCAAGAGGACUGAGGCUUAUCGGCUCGACAGUGGAAGAGAGAGUUUGAGGGACCGUGGAAUACAGGCAGGGCAAACGCAGGUGGUGGAGAAGACAUUGCCGGAGGUGUCUAACUACACUGCUUGGCUGGAGGACAACAUUCAGUUUAGCAAGCAGCUCGAAGCUCCGACGGAGAAGAAGAGCCUGUGGAACUGGAAACCAUUUCGUGCCAUUGCGCGCAUUGGCCAGCAACGGUUCCACUGCAUGUUCACGGUCCACGUGCAUGGGAUUGAGGGCCUUCCCGCUGUCAUGAACGGGCUCCGUCUUGCGGUGUCGUGGAAGAGGAAAGAUCUGCACACACAGUGCAUGCCAUCUCGCGUUUUCCAAGGCGCGGCGCGGUUCGAGGAGACACUGCAUUUGAAAUCCACCGUCUAUGGCACGAAAAACGGUAGCAAGGGCAUGAAAUUUGAGACUAAAAGCUUCGACCUAGCGGUGAUCGCGCUAGACGUUGACGAACUCGUCCUUGGAAAGCACAGGCUAGAUCUAAGCCGGCUGCUUCCCAAUACUGUCGAGGUUCGAGAUGAGGAGAACGACCCCAGCUGGACCGCGAGAUUCAAACUCUCCGGAAAAGCUAAAGGCGGAACGCUAGUUGUCACCUUCGGAUACCAGCUUCUGAACAAAAAUGCGGAGCCCACCAAUAGCUUGUUGAGCGCAAGGUUCGGCGAAUCUCCGAUGGUGAAGCCCAUGCGAUCCUACAACAGUUUGCCGAGCUCUCCGAAUAACAGAAGGCGAGGAGCCUGGCCAUCCGGGGUCGUGGACUCCCCCUACUCUCCAGCCAUGUCCGAUCCUCCGAAUGAGUCAGAGUACAUGAAGAUGGAGCAUCUUAGCCUCAAUGAUGAGUACAGCUCCAUUAGCAGUGACAAUGCUCACGGCCAUGCCCGCGCCAGUUUCGGGAAGAAUGCCCAGAAAGAUCUCUUUUGGCCCAGCAUCGAGUUUCAGGGCAAUUCGAAAAUCCCUUACCAUGAUCCGCCAGAAGUAACUCGUACGGAAAGUGGGGUUUUGACGAGAAACUCUUACGAGGAAUCUUUUAAAACAACUCAUGCUGAGAGCGAAGUUCUAACAAAGAAGCCUAGCGAGAAGCUGUACAACACAACUCGUAAUGAGAGCGAAGUCUUAACAAGGAAGUCUAGUGACAAAUUGUAUGCAAAAGCUCGUUAUGAUGAUGAGCCUCUGACGAGGAAAUGUAGCGAGGAAUUCCUUGAGGAAGACGAUGGUCCAGAGUUCACAGUAGUUUAUCAGGGGCAUGAAAUCAGUUCCAUUGUGGACACAGCUGCGCUGGUGCCGGACUGUGAUGACCCUAAUGCGGAAGCAGACAUUGUCCAAGGAUUGUCCGACGGGGACACAGACGCCCGAGACCCAAUGCAGGAUCCUACAGUGGCUGAGGCUCAGGUUGAUUUCGACGCGUUGGACAAAGUGAAGGUGUUGUCUAUCGACAGUAACUCGAAAACAAUGCUGGCAGAACCAAGUGAUAAAGUUAGUGCCCGGGCACUUGAACCAGCUAGCGAUGGAAAAUCCCCCUUGCGGGGAAGAGGUUCGGCGAGUGAACGCUCCGCAGUGAGUGGUGGUGAUGGUGUUGGUGAUGGUAACAAGUUGAAGUACCAAAGCGCAGUUAGGCAGGAACCGAGGAAAAUUUCAAAGCCACAGGAGCAAGAGAUCGAGAUAGUCGAGGUGCCGGAAGAUUGGAGUUUAGGUAUUCAGGACGAACUGGAAGAUCGGGAUGAGUCGAAAUUAGUCGAUAAGCCGGCCAGCAACAUAGAAGGGAACUUAAUUCGUCGAGAAGAUUGCUUGUUGGAUGGGAAAGGUGACAAAAAAUGUAUAAGUGCGGCUGUGGGACGCAAAGGCAACGAGAGUACAGUAGAUGUGGCCAUUGUGAACAAUCAUGUCGAUGAAAUAGAGAGGAAAAGGAGGACAAAGGUCAUGGGACGCCAUGACGAAGAUAAAGAGAAGAUAAUAAAUGUGAUCGACACGGUGAAGAGUACUGUCAGAGAAGAUGAGCGCGUUGAAACAGUGCAGUCAACAACCCCUUGGCCCCAAUUGAAGAUGAAGCAAGAGUGCGAGGAUGAUUAUGAUCUCGUCGCUGGGGAAUUUUUGAGAUUGUUGAAGGGCGACGGAAGCUACGCGGUGACUCCUUCUGAAAGCGGGGAUGAUUUGCCGCGUGCUGCGCUAUUGCAACAUUUUGGAAAGGAGGCGCCGAUCCGUGACAGCGUGGAUUCCAAUUCAAAUGUGCCAGAGUAUGCCAAGUUUAGGUUGAAAAGAGCACAGGAGGAGCCGCCGUUGGUUUCUGACAACAUUGGCAUCCCAGCUUGGGACGAUGAGUGCGACGACGAGUUUACAGCUAUCAUGGUAGCUGCUGAAGCUGAGCUCCAGAAAGCAACCCAACUGCUGCAGAGCAAGGCGCGAGCAAAAAUGCUUGAAGACGAGGAGACCAAAGCCCUCAUGCAGGACUGGGGCCUCAACGACAAUGCAUUCGAUAGACCCCAGCCGACUCCCGACAACAGUCUCGCCAUUGUUCCUGUGUCGCCUGCACCUAUAUCCAAAAACGGGCUGUAUUCCCGUGGUGGUGGUAGUCGUGGAUCCUUGCGUUCCUUGGAAGGGCGUGGAGCAGGCGGGAGGUUGCUGUUACAAGGACCCAAUCCAGUCGCGACGCCAUCUGAAAAGGGCAUGCAGCGCCGGGUGUCUGUUUCAGGAAUUAAAGGUUUGCCGUUCUAGACAACAGCGAGAGCAACGCACUCAUUCUACGCGACUACGACGACACAUCGAAGGCGAACUGAAGCAAACUCGGAAUCGAACCGUCGGAGACCUCACCGGGUCACCACAUUAUAAUCGACAGAUGAGGAACGGGGCAAGCCGAAACACGAUCAUAUGCCGCGUCCACAUAACCGAGUUACUGAUCCGUGCAUCGAAACUGCUCCGCACUGGUGGCAUCGAACCAAGCCUCGGGACUCGGAAGUGGCGAGGUCCGCGAGCCGGUUUCCGUGAGUCAUCGACGGCGCUCUCAAUCCCACACGCGCAUCGAGCUGUCGGUGUGACAUGAUCAGUGAGUGUGUGUGCCGAGCACCGCCUGGGUCACCUUUUUUUGUCCGUGAACUUCAUCGUUGGGAUCGAUUGCUAGGGGCAGUUCGCUAAUUUUCUGCCCUCAAGUUCUGGUCCAAUUAUUGUUCACUCGUUUCCGGAAAAUGUGUUGAAUGAACGAAACACUUAGUCCUUUGGUUCGGUUGAAAAUGAAUCAAAAUUAUGGUACUUAUUCAUCGCAAAGUGAGGUAGCGUAAGGUGGAUAAGUCUUCACUUGGUUUAUUUUCAUUCCAAUAUUUGCAAGAAAUCUUAGUGAAAUUUGCAGUAAAAGCAUAUUACUAUGCGUAGACAGUGUUGAGGAAUUUCCAUAGAAUAAAUACUAGAGUCUGUGCAUUUGUGAUACAAAAAGCUUCGAUUGCACUUCAUUAAUUUAUUUUUUUAAUAUAUUGAGAUAAUUUAUCUGACUUUUAAAAAU